UGUUGCAGUAACCAAAAGUACUUAUACACCUCACACCUACCUUCUCUGUUCACUUCAAAGUGCUUUAAUUAAACCCACCUACAAUUUCACGCUCCCUUCCAUUCUUAUACCCCCUGUGUCCCUCCACUUCACUUAAUCAACUCUUCCAUUUCUUCUCUCUUCAAUAUCUCUCAAAAUGACAACUUUUUCCUCUUACUAUCAUCUCAUCUUCACUGCCUUAGCUUUCUUUGUAUCCGGCCUAAUUUUCUUCCUUACCCAGAAAACUAAAUCCAAAAAGCUCAACCUUCCACCAGGACCCCCCGGAUGGCCUAUUGUUGGGAACCUCUUCCAAGUUGCACGUUCUGGGAAGCCUUUCUUUGAGUAUGUGAAUGAGAUGAGGUUAAAAUAUGGCUCAAUCUUCACUCUCAAGAUGGGUACACGGACAAUGAUCAUCCUCACUGAUGCAAAGCUAGUGCAUGAGGCUAUGAUCCAAAAGGGGGCAACCUAUGCUACAAGGCCUCCGGAGAAUCCCACAAGAACCAUCUUCAGUGCCAACAAGUUCACUGUGAAUGCAGCAUUGUAUGGCCCAGUUUGGAAGUCACUGAGGAGGAACAUGGUGCAGAACAUGCUGAGUUCAACCAGGCUCAAGGAGUUUCGCAGUGUUAGAGACAACGCAAUGGACAAGCUCAUCAACAGGCUCAGGGUUGAAGCUGAGAAGAAUAAUGGGGUUGUUUGGGUUCUCAAAGAUGCAAGGUUUGCUGUGUUUUGCAUACUUGUGGCUAUGUGUUUUGGGCUUGAGAUGGAUGAGGAAACAGUGGAGCGAAUAGAUCAGGUUAUGAAGACUGUUCUCAUCACAUUGGAUCCAAGAAUUGACGACUAUCUUCCAAUUCUAAGUCCAUUUUUCUCAAAGCAAAGAAAGAGAGCCUUGGACGUUCGCAAGGAACAGGUUGAGUUCUUAGUCCCUAUCAUUGAGCAAAGAAGGAGAGCAAUCCAAAACCCGGGAUCAGACCACACAGCCACAACAUUUUCCUACCUUGACACACUCUUUGAUCUUAAAGUUGAAGGGAAAAAAUCAGCACCCUCUGACGCUGAAUUGGUCUCACUAUGCUCGGAGUUCCUUAAUGGAGGCACAGACACAACAGCAACUGCAGUUGAGUGGGGCAUUGCACAGCUCAUAGCUAACCCUCAAAUUCAAACAAAGUUGUUUGAAGAAAUUAAGAGGGCGGUGGGAGACAAGAAGGUCGAUGAAAAGGACGUUGAGAAAAUGCCUUAUCUUCAUGCUGUGGUGAAGGAACUUCUAAGGAAGCACCCUCCAACACACUUUGUGCUCACACAUGCUGUCACUGAGCCUACCACUUUGGGAGGCUAUGACAUACCCGUUGACGCAAAUGUUGAGGUCUACACUCCAGCAAUUGCUGAGGACCCCAGAUAUUGGUCCAACCCGGAGAAAUUUGACCCUGAAAGGUUCAUUUCCGGGGGUGAGGAAGCUGACAUAACUGGAGUCACAGGAGUCAAAAUGAUGCCUUUCGGGGUGGGAAGAAGGAUAUGUCCUGGGUUGGCUAUGGCCACGGUGCAUAUUCAUCUCAUGAUGGCUAGGAUGGUGCAGGAAUUUGAGUGGAGUGCAUACCCACCAGGGAAGAACUUGGAUUUCACUGGCAAGUUGGAAUUCACUGUGGUCAUGAAGGAAUCUCUAAGAGCAGUCAUCAAGCCAAGAGGAGAAACACUGCAGUUGUAAAUUUUUGCUGCUUUUGGUUUUUUCAAAUCAUUUAUAUAAUAUUAUAACUAUAUAUACAUCAUCAUGUUUGUGGUUAAUUACCAUACAACUGCAAGUUUCAUCUCAUCAUUAUAUAUCUUAAUUGGUCUUGUUUGUUGGAGAAAUUUGUUCUGGAGUUGUCAUAAAAUGGAUCUCUAUUGGAUUUUUACAAGUUGUCUUAGUUAUGUAUGAAAGUCCUUUUUGGAGCAAUCCACGUCUAAUUGUAUACAUAACUUUUCCUGUGAAUGAAGUGAAUGCUUUUCUCAGUUUCUUUUUUCUUUUUUUCUUUUUGGCUUUUAGAAGGCAAAUUAUGCAUAAGUGGUCUUUGCUAGAUGAAGUGAAAAGUUGUAGCCAAGAUACAAGAAUUUUGAGGUAACUGUAACUACUAAGGCUCUGAUAGCAUGAAGUAGUUGAAGAGGACAAGUAACUUGCAGGUUAAAAGUUUUGCAGAAAACGUGAUGUACGAAACUGUGUGUACCCACAAUAUCGCACACAAUGACAGCA